AUUCCAUCUACACCGGUGUGGUAACAAACAUCCAACUUGCUGUAUUUUGCUUGUAUUUAUCUGCAAUCACUACUUCCAAAUAUCAAGUAAAGAUAGUUUUUUUUAAUUAAUAGAACAUAUUUUAAGUGUUUUAUUGAACGGUGUAAAACAGUAAGGAAGUCUCCGCCCAUUUUCAGAGAUGGAAAUACGCAACAUCUCACAAUGAAUUGUCGUUCGGAGGUUCUGGAGGUAACGGUGGAGGCUCGGCAGGUGGAGGAGGCCAUGCUAGCAUUAUUACACACCAUUUUACUGCACCGAAGCACAGGCAAGUUUCACUACAAGAAGGAGGGCACCUACUCCAUCGGCACCGUGGGCACACAGGACAUCGACUGCGAUUUCAUUGACUUCACCUUUGUUAGGGUGUCCUCGGAGGAGCUGGACAGGGUGAUCAGGAAAGCGGUGUCUGAAUUCAAGGAUGCUUUGAGCAGCGAUGGCAUGGGGCAGAUCUCCCUAGAGUUCUACCAGAAGAAGAAAUCUCGCUGGCCCUUCUCUGAUGAGUGUAUUCCCUGGGAGGUGUGGAGCAUCAAGGUCAAUGUGGUCAACCUGGCAAAUGAGCAGGAGAGACAGAUCUGCCGGGAGAAAGUGGGCGAAAAGCUGGGGGAGAAGGUGAUCAACGUGGUGGAGGUCAUAAACCGCCACGAAUACCUGCCAAAAAUGCCCACCCAGUCUGAAGUAGACAAUGUUUUUGACACCAGCCUUAAAGAUGUCCAGCCAUACCUGUACAAAAUCACUUAUCAGAUCACUGACUCACUGGGCACCUCUGUGAGCACCACCAUGAGGAGGCUGAUAAAAGACACCUUGGCCCUGUGAGGAUCCUCUCAGUAGAUCACUAUCUAAUGGUGUUUGAUAACGUUUUGUGGUGUAGAGACAUCUCAGUUAGACUGCUGCAGAUUUGAAGCAGCAUCUGUUAUCACUGGUGUUAAUGUCAGUUAUGACUGUUCAUUUUUCAAUUAUGUAUUCUUUAUUUUCAAGAUUGUUUGCGCUAGAAUAGGUAUACCACAAAAGACCAUACAUUGGGUAAUAUCUGUAAACAGUGUCAUUUCAAAAUAAAUGAUCCUCAUUGUCUUUCUCAUCA